AUGGACCCAGAGUUUGAAUGCCGUUCCCCAAGGUCAGACAGCCAUCAGGAAGAUGACCGGCCACCCCCCAACAAGAGGGUAAAGACAGGGCCGUCCCGUCGAAAGCCAGCCUGCCAAACGUGCCGACGGCGCAAAGUCCGCUGCGAUAACGCUCAACCGACCUGUAGCUUCUGCUACGCAAAUGACUCGGAGUGUGUUUAUGCCAUGCGUCGGGAUGCUGACAAUCCGGAGCCGAGUAAAGUAAUGGAGCGACUGGACACAUUGUCUCAUGCAGUCGACAACAUCCAGUAUCUUCUAGCCUCACAGGGCACACCGUUACAGCCAAGUUGGCCCUCCGGGAUACAAUCCCACGACCGCCAUGCGGGCUUUCCCAUAAGAGCGGAAGGAUGGCAAAAGGAUUACCUGCAGAUUCCCACCUGCCGAUGUAGUGCUGAUGCUGUUCUCACCUGGCCAAUCUUCAGGGGCCAGUUUCGGGAAAGUUCACUGAUCACCACGCUCUUCCAGUACUCUCAUGGGGUGGUAGAAGACCGGCCAACAGAGUCAUGGACCCUGCCUGACGGGCUCCGAUUCACUUCAGACGAGCAGAUACCAACAUUGAUUGAUCGAUUCAUUCAAAACGUUCACACGAAAAAUCCGAUCCUAGAUUUAGAAUCACUCAUUCGGUCCGGUAGGCAUGCUGCCGAAUUUGGUCCUCAGUGGGACGCCCAGUCCUGCCUUGUGCUUUUAGCCUGUGCUUUGGGAUGUAUUUCGCAACCAUUUGCCUCUUCAAUGCAAGGGCCCCAAACAGCGCGAUCACUACAUGAGGGACUUGGGUGGCGCACCCCAGGUGUCACGUCAAGUUCCGCUACUCAAUCGCGUGAAGGAGAGGCCUUUUUCAUGAUGGCCUGCAGGCGAAUUGGUCUCCUGCGGUACUCGGUUAUCGGUGCACAAUGCCACUUUUUUGCAGGAGUCUACUUGAUGUAUACCUUCCGCCCGCUGUCAGCCUGGAACCAUUUUUACCAGGCUUCGACAUUCUACCGACUGCGUCUGAGACUAAUUGAUGGGCUUGAUAAAUCGGCGUAUGAGGCGGAACAACAAGGAGCCUCUGCCGCUCAACGCCUUGAGCAGAGUCUCUAUUGGUCGUGCUUCAAGUCAGAGGUUGAGAUCCGAGUCGAACUGCCAUUGCCACAAUCUGCUAUAGCCGAAUAUGAGUACCCAGCGCUCUUCCCCACACCCCCUACUCUGUCCGAGGAGUACCCAAAGCAAAGAAACCAGGCAUCCGAUUGGACUAAUUCUGAAUCCGCGGUAAGAUCCCCGGAUGGUAAUCGGCCGGAACUGUCUGGUAUGGGAGUAUGCAAUCGUAUUACAAAGCUUUUCAACGAAGAGCAGAGCUGGUACUACUAUCUGACGGAGGUAGCGUUGAGGCGCAUCGGCAAUCGCGUUCUAAAUUCGUUUUACCGAGAGGACCCCUCAGCGUGGUCAAACAUCAAGCCGAUGAUCUCAAUAGCUCUGGAGUUUGAAUCGCAGAUUGAUGCAUGGUUCGCAAACCUGCCGCCGGCCAUGCAGUCUUACGAUACCGACCGAAGUACAGCCAAUACUGGGCAGGGAUUCUCCAUACUGGACACACAGGAAUCAAUAUCCAUGGAGCUUAGCUGGGCGCUGAGUAACAGAUUCCUUGAAAUUCGUCUGUGGCUCUACCAGCCAUUUCUCUUCUUUGCAGUUCAUCAUCCUACCGGUACCACUUCAACAGCUACAGACACCAUGCCUUCCCCACUGAGUAGCGAGGAAUUCGCCACGAUACAGGGACUCGUGCAAUCGGGUCUGGACUGUAGCAUGAAGAUUCUACAAGCAAGGUGUCUUCGUCAUCGCCAUCACGGCAUCUGGUUUGAUCUUCGGGCCCUGGUUACAGCGUCGCUGAUAUUUAUUGCUUUGGCACGAAGCGGAAAUGUCAACCUUCCAAAUAUCCAUCCUAGGGGGCUGAGAGACCAUUUAAACCGUACGCUGGAGGCCCUAACCUAUUGGGAAGACGAAGCCCCAGAUAUCAAAAAAGCGCGGGGGGUUCUGGAUAAUUUACUUCGAGAGAUGAGUUAG